CUCAUGCAACUUUUUCUCUCUUUUGAAUUGGGUUUUUUCAUACUGUUUCAUCUUGGGAGAGGUAAAGAACUCAAAAGGUUUUCUUUUGUUUUCCUUUGCUUUCUUUGCCACCAAACAGAGAGGUUAUUGACUUGCAAAGAAUAUUUUGACAAUCUUAUAAGGACGAGGCAAUAUCUCGGUUUGAAAGUAAAACACGAUGGAGAAUUCGGAAAGGGUGUCUAUGCGGACUCGGAUUUUGGAGAAGGGGAGCUUGUCCUAAAGGACCAAAUGCUAGUGGGUGCUCAACAUUCUUCAAAUAAGAUCAACUGUUUAGUGUGUAGCUUCUGUUUCCGUUUUAUUGGCUCCAUAGAACUUCAAAUUGGAAGGAGACUCUAUUUGCAAGGUCUAGGUGUUUCCACGAGUAAUGGAUGUGGUAGGGAGACCUUUUCACAUAAUUCACAUGAUCAUUGUCAAGUUGAUUCAUCUGAGGAUGAAGACAAUUGUUACAUGGAAGAGCAUGAUGAAUUGGGAGAAUGUGCCUCCAGCAGUUCUAAAGAUAAAGUACCUCUCCCUAAAGGGGUUGUGGAAUCACUAAUGAAUGGUGAAUUGGCAUUGCCUUACCCAAAAGAAUUCCCCUUGCCUUCAGCCAUUGCAUGUUCUGGUGGGUGUGGAGAAGCUUACUAUUGUAGUAAGUUAUGUGCGGAAGCUGAUUGGGAAUCAUCUCAUUCUUUACUUUGUACUGGAGAGAAGUCUGAAUCAAUAUGUAGGGAGGCACUUUCAAAAUUUAUUCAACAUGCUAACGAAACAAAUGAUAUUUUCCUCCUGGCUGCCAAGGUGAUUUGUUUCACAAUUUUAAGGUACAAGAAAUUGAAAACAGCUCAUCUCAAAGAACAAGAAAAAUACACUUCAGCCAUUGUUUUGAAAAAUGGUGAUCUACCUCUGCUUUUAGAAGCAUGGAAACCAAUAUCGAUGGGAUUCAAGAAAAGGUGGUGGGACUGCAUUGCAUUGCCAGAUGAUGUUCAUAGUUGUGAUGAAGCUGCAUUUAGAGCACAAAUAAAGGAGCUGGCAUUCACGUCUCUUAAGCUCCUUAAGGAAGCCAUCUUUUGCAAGGGAUGUGAGCCAUUAUUCUCCCUCGAAAUAUAUGGGCAUAUUAUUGGCAUGUUUGAAUUAAAUAACCUUGAUUUAGUUGUAGCAUCUCCAGUGGAAGAUUAUUUUUUAUACAUUGAUGAUCUUCCAUACCCUGAAAAGAAAAAAGCUGAGGAAAUCACACGCCAAUUUCUGGAUGCUCUUGGUGAUGAUUAUUCUGUUCCUUGUCAAGGUACUGCUUUUUUUCCUCUGCAGAGUUGUAUGAACCAUUCCUGUUAUCCUAAUGCAAAAGCAUUCAAAAGAGAGGAGGACAGAGAUGGCCAAGCAACAAUAAUUGCCCUCAGACCCAUUUGCAAGGAAGAAGAGGUUACCAUUUCAUAUAUAGAUGAGGACCUUCCAUUUGAUGAGAGGCAAGCAUUACUUGCAGAUUAUGGUUUCAGAUGCAAGUGCCCCAAGUGCUUAGAAGAAGAGCCAUAACCAAAACAACAAAGUGGACAGAACGAAACUUUCUGAAAGAGGCCAUGAGACUAGAAAAACCUUUUAAGGAUUUGAAUAGUCUUGCUACAUAAGGCUAAGGUACUAUCUAUCUAAGAGUUUACAAUCAAAUAUUGCUGGGAAGCUCAUAGGCCUGCUUGUGCUUCAAUUAUUAGCAUCUUCAAAUGAUCAGUCUUUUUGUUUCAUUAUUUAACCUGAAACUAUUAAGUAACCUGAGAGUUCCUUCAUUGUUCGUUCUUUUCCUUGUUGACUUUGUCAAGCUAAUGUUGAUAGGAUUCUGUGUUCUGUGAAGAGGUACUCAAAAUUUUAAUGAUAAAGAUCAGAUGUUUUUUUCCC